GGCCAACAAUGGUUUCCAUCUCUUCCAUGGCUUUCCCUUCUUCUGUCACUUCCAUGGCUUUCCCUUCUUCUGUCAGAAGAAUCUUCUCAUCUGUUUCUUCUUCUCACAACUUCUCAAGGAUGAGAAGCUUCUCAUCUGUUUCUGUUUCUUCUUCUGUGAGAAGUUUCUCCGUGAGAAGCUUCUCAUCAACCAAUGAGGAGCUCUUUGCAAAGGAGGCUGAGGAGAAGCUUGCAAAAGAAAAGGAUGAGGAGCUCUUUGAAAAGGAGGCUGAGGAGAAGCUUGCAAAAGAAAAGGAUGAGAAGCUUGCAACAGAGGCUGGAAAAGUUGAGUUUGCAGAAAUUUCGGACAGGUUUACCAAUCUCCUCAAAGUCCACCUAACUCCUCCUUUUUACGGAAUCGGACGUAAACGAACGAAGUAUUGGAAUGCGUGUGCUCAUUCAGCAAUUGAGGGACUUGGAGUGGAGUUUGCUUUUGAUAAAAAAGAAAUACCAGUCAAUGGAGAUGAAUUCCUAUACUUUCUCUUUGAGCUCCCAUCCUCGAAGAAAUUGGUAGAAAUCUUGAUGGGUGAGAAAAGUGUCCAGUUCUUCUUGGAUGAAGUGGAACAAAACGAUCUGGCAAAAAAAUACUGGGAUUUGAUUGAAGAGAAGCAGAGAACUGGGAUUUGAUGAAGAAAGCAGAGGAGGAGAG